GUGCCGUUGCGCGCUGCGCGUCGCGCCGCGCAGCGCGGCUCAUCAUUUCGGAGAAUUGUUUUAUCGCUUCCAGCCUGCCUCUCGGCCCUUAUCUCCUCCGACUCUUAUCAAACGGUUAUCUCUUUUGCAGUGAAGACAUAUUGCGUUUUGUUUCCUAUCUGCGAUGCGUGAGUAAACUUGUGUGUGUGUAUGUGUGUGUGAGAGAGUGGGAGGAUAGUGAUUUGACACGGAUGGAGCCGUCGCCUCUUAAGAGCGCUGGGUCGGAGUAUGGCAGUCACUGAUGAGUCGCAAUGAGCCAGAGAUGUAAUAAAUAACGGUCUCAUUCAUGUUUUAGUAGACAGCAGCUUUAGUUUAAUAAAACAUGAAAACAAGCUUUAUUUUAGACACUGUCUUCCGUGAUUUCCAAACACUUGACGAGUUUGUAUGCGGAUUUUUUUCGGGGGAGAGCCUUCAAUUGGAAUUAAUUGCCACAUUUCCUCUGACUGAUCCACUCCUUUCUGUUCCAGGGUAGACCCACCCUCUGUUUUGAUUUUUUUUCGUUACCCCUACGGUGUGUGGAAAGUGCUCCUGGAUGGACCUGGGCGAAAACAGCUGGUCUAUGGUGAAGCGCGAGGUAUCCAGCAGCCCAGGGUCUCCGGCGGAGCAGAGCUACCUGCCCGGGGACAGCAGGAGGGACGGGACCCCCCCGAGCCGCUCGGACGGACGAUCGCUACACUCCUACCUGCACUUCGGACACCACAACAACACCCUGACCCCCGGCGAGGACAUCCCGCUGUUUACGGAUUUGGACCAGGGGGGGAAACUGGUGCUCUCCGCCGGGGCGCACAAGGCGAGCCUGCUCGUGGACCCUACCGACAUGUACCAGACGCUGGCCAUCGCCGCGGCCCAGAGCCAGACUGGAUACGACUCGUCCUCCGCCGGUUACAUGCACUCCAACCCCAACUCGCCCGUGUACGUGCCCAGCUCGCGGGUGAACCCCAUGAUCCCCAGCCUGUCCUACCUGCAGGCCGGCGGCUCUGCGCAGCCCGGCGGCCACGCCGUCUCCAGCCACUCGGUGUGGUCUCAGUCCGCGGCCGAGAGCCCGUCCUACAGCACCGGCAGCCCGCACGCCUCCGGCCGCUUCCACUACCCGCCCAGCCCCCCCGUGAACAACGGGACCCCCAGAGACUCGAGCUACAGCAACACCCUGAACGUGGCCGGCAGCAGGGACCAGUACAGCCUGUCCCGCUCCCUGGGAGGCUCGUACCCGAGCCCCUACACGCCGUACAGUGUGGCCCCGCAGCUGGCCUCGCCGUGGAGCGGGGGCCCCUUCGACAACACCAUGCUGCACACCCUGCAGAGCAGGGGCGCGCCCCUGAUCCGGGGACCCAACGGAGAUAUCCUGGACGACAUGGGGGAGAGCAGGGAGUGCGUGAACUGCGGCUCCAUCUCCACGCCGCUGUGGAGACGCGACGGGACGGGCCACUUUCUCUGCAACGCCUGCGGCCUUUACAGCAAAAUGAAUGGCCUGAGUCGGCCAUUAAUUAAACCACAGAAAAGGACGUCAACAUCCAGAAGGAUCGGCCUCUCCUGCGCCAACUGCCAAACCAGCACAACCACGUUGUGGCGCAGAAACGCGGAGGGGGAGCCGGUGUGUAACGCCUGCGGACUCUACACAAAACUACACGGGGUACCUCGGCCUCUUGCCAUGAAGAAAGAGGGAAUCCAGACGAGAAAAAGAAAACCGAAAACUCUGAAUAAAACCAAAGGAUCCUCUGGUAAUAACAACUCUGUCUCCAUGACUCCCACAUCCACUUCUUCAUCCAAUUCUGAAGACUGCUCCAAAACCAGUUCUCCCUCUGGGCAGGUGUCAGGGGUCAGUUCAUCUGUGCUGUCCAGCUCGGGGGAGGGAGCAGUCUCGGGCUCCACGGUGAAGUACCCGGGACAGGACAGCCUGUACACCAGCGUGGGCCUGUCCCAGUCAUCAGAUGUAGCUUCAGUGAGGGGCGAACCUUGGUGCCCCAUGGCCUUGGCGUGAACAUUUAAAAUCUUUGAGGAUGCACAGAAACCCCUGCACGCUCGCCUCUGUCUGGAUGCUGGGUAGUGUGGAUGUAUCUGGGGACAAUGUUUGUUUUCUUCCCCUUCAGCUGAUACAAGAAAAGGCCGAUGGGGGCAAAAAGAAGGCCAAGGCAACCUUCAGUCGCAGAGCAAGCUGGAGCCGAGUGUGGAAUAUCUGGGAUUGGGGAUCUUGUAGCUUAUAAACAACGACAACAACAGCAACUAUUCAUGGAAAUGCCAGGCCAGAUUGUCAAUCAGGUGGCUCGCUGUGGAUGGUUUCUGGAUCUUCGAUGUACUCUUUUCUCUCCCUUUUAUGGCACAGAACCUGAUCUGGGUUCUUUCAAAAAAGCCAUCAUGUACAUAAUGGAUUCCCCCCCUCUGAAGAAAAAAACAAACUGUUGAUUGGGUAGCAGUGCUUUUACAAAAGAGCUAAGGACAUUUUGAUUUUCAUUUUUACCACAACUGGAAUCAUGCCAUAAGUGCCGCAACUUUGAUAAAUCAAAAAAAUAUAUAUAUUUAUAAAUCUUCCAUUGUUGAGAACAUGGCUAUGAUUGUUAAUAAAGAUAUCAAUAUAGAGUAGAAGUUAAACCAUUCUGAUGUCUUCUCUUUUAUUUUUUUUGUUUUAAGUGGUUGUUAGUAGUACAGUAGUGGCAAAUCUGCACAUGUUUUCCACUGAAAGCUCUUACUGUAUAUGACUGAAACUAGCUUGGUUUAAACAGGGUAUAAAUGUCACAUAGUGUUUUUCUUUUCUUUUUUGUGUAAUCAUUUACUAAAAAUUGCAAAUAAUCAACUCUAUCAGACUCAGUUUUUAAUAUGAAGUCAUUGUCAACUGUCGGGCAGCAGUAAGGUACUCUUUUUGCAAAAAAACUGUUGGAUAUGGACGUCUUGUUUGAACAACGCACACCCAGAGUGGCUGCGCGUCUGCUGACGAUCCUGUCCAACACAUAAACUGCUGCACUACCUGACUCACGAUAAAGUCCACACAUUUCACAAUAUCAGCAUGUGCCAUUGCAUCAUUACAAAGUAAAUUAGACCAAAGAAGACUGAGGUCAACUCUGAACAAUUUAAUGCUGUACUUGGAUGACUGUGAUUAACUGCUGUAAAGAUUCAAAAGGAGACAUAUGAUACUAACAUAGAAUGAUUUUUUUUUUAUAUAAUUUUUUAUUUUCAUGUAAUCAAACUGGGACGGGAUUUCCAAUUCCUAGCUCCAGGAGUGAUGAAGUAUUAUUGAUUUUCCUCAUUGUUCUAAUGGUGGGAGCUUCAAAAAGCCGAUUUAAUCAGCCCGGAGGCGACUGAAGCCAAGAGGCAAUCUGACGAGUUACACACAAACCUUGACACAAAACAAGGGUCUUGUCCCCUCUUUUCUUAUUUUUCACAAGUUGCUUCAUUCUUAAAGAGCAUGUCAUUCACUCUUCUGGACUUAUUUAUUUCCUGAAAUGUUAUGUUUUUAUUUUAUUUCUUUUUGUUCUGGAACAGCAUAAAAAUUAUUUUUUAUUUAAA